UUUCUUGGCGUUUAGACGAUAGACGAUUAUAUUGCGUUGUGUUUUUCUUCUUGAAAAUGAAAAUAUAGUGGCGAAAAAGUAGUAAAUAAUUGUGAAAUAAGUGAAAAAGUAAUUGCGAACGGUGCGCUUCUCGUUAUAACUACACAAAUACUGCAUAAAUUGAUUUUUUGUGUUUGCAGCACUCCAAGCGAUAGCUGGGUUACAAACUGAAUAUUGACGGGUUUAGCGAGCCUGAACAGCGUCACCACCUACGCAGACAAAAACAACAACGACAGUCCUUUGUGCACAUGGGCGGAAACAGCGCAGCUGCCAAUUCAAGCGCCUUUAGCGCUGGCGGCUACAUCGGACCCACCACCAGUCUGGGGGCAGCCGGUGGCAGCGAUUUGAUACCAGCGCCGAUGGGCACUGGCAACGCCAUUGGCAGCAGCAGCACAUCCUACACGUAUGGAGGUACAAGUUGGGAGGAAUUCUGCGAUAGACAUGCUCACGCUGCUGCUACGGACUUUGCCAAAGCAUGCAUCAGUUACAUAAACGGCAAUCUGCCGCCGGAUGAAGCACGCAACAUACCACAUCGUAGUUUUGCAGUGAAAUUCGUGGAUUCCUUCUUGGAGCACUAUGACACGGAGUUCUUUCGGCGUCGCAGCAAUCUAAAGACGGGCGUUGGUUCGCUGUUUGGUGGGGAAGGCGGGGCAGGUGGUGAUAGCUUUGAUACCGAGGAGCAUGAGGUAUCACGGCUGUUUCCCAAGUCGCUUUUGCGACGUCUCUCCUUUAAGGGAUUGCGCAAGGGCAAGAAACUCUUCUUUUUGCAGGCAUUCUUUCACAAGAACUCUGACGAUGUGGACGGCGUGGGCAGCAGCAAACAGAGUGGCAAAACAAAGCUGGCCAAGAUUGUGGUCGAGUGCCGCAAAGAGGGCAUCGUUAACAAUUUGACCGCAGAGAGUUUGGAUCAAACAACUGGCACACAGAAGUGGGAACGUUGUCGUCUCGCUCUGGUCAAAGCAGUGGGCGGUUAUAUGCUGGAGUUUUAUACGCCGCCCAAAUCGACAAAACCGCGCAGCGGCGUCUUUUGUUUUCUUAUUUCGGAGGCACGUGAAACAACCACACUGGAGAUGCCGGAUCGCAACAAUACGUUCGUGCUGAAGGCCGACAACAACAUGGAGUAUGUGAUUGAGGCGGGUAGCCAAGAAGAUAUGCGCAGCUGGCUGGCCACCAUACGCUAUUGCAUGCGCACGCCGCCCACUCAGCAGCCGAUGCUUGACUCGGAUGUGAUUGCAGCUGCUAUGCAGACAUCGCCAGUCACCACUAAUCCGAAUCCCACAGGCACGGGCAGUGCUUUGGGCGGCAUACAGAAUCCUCAAUACCAGCAACAAGGUGGUCUGGGAUUGAGCGGCUCCAAUGGCAAUCUGGUGAACUCGCAGUCAGCGGACAGCGGUUUGGUGGCAGCCACAGCAACUGGCAAUAGUAAUGCAAAUGUUGCUGCCUCGUCGCAUGACGUAAAUGCUUCCCUAAGCACAUCGCAGCUCAACAACGAUCAUAAUAAUGCGCCACCCGAUAUUCCAUCGCGUCCACAACGUGGCGAACAGCGUUUGUCGGCCUCCAGCAAUUUUGAUGGCAACGAACUGCUUGAAACGGAUUCUGAUGUAAACGUGGCCGAUUUGACAGCGGAGAUGCGCCAGUUCCCAUGGUUCCAUGGCACAUUGCCGCGUGCAGAGGCCGCACGCAUGGUACUACAAUCGGAGGCAGCGGGACAUGGUUACUUUUUGGUGCGACAGAGCGAGACGCGACGUGGUGAAUUUGUGCUGACGUUCAAUUUCCAAGGACGUGCCAAGCAUCUGCGACUCACAAUCUCGGAGAAGGGACAGUGUCGGGUGCAGCAUCUGUGGUUCCCUACUAUACAGGAGAUGCUCGAGCAUUUCCGACACAAUCCCAUACCGCUAGAGUCGGGCGGCACUUCGGAUGUGACGCUCACCGAAUGGGUGCAUCACACCAGUAGACUGAACGAUGCAUCGGCCAUCGGCAUGGCGACGGUUGCUGCCAACACAACAUUGUCGCACGACUCGGCGGGUGGAGGAGGAGGAGGUGCAGCGGCUGUCGAUGCGGCAGCGGGAGGAGCUGGAGGGAGUAGCGGAGCCGGCGGCAACGCGAAUGGAAAUAGCAAUGGACAUCCAUCGCCGAGACAUUGCAACGAAGUGAUUACCAUGAAUCUAAGUGUUCGCCUAAAGACAAACGAAAUCGAACUGCCACAAGAGCCAACACACGUCUAUUUUCCGGAGCAAGUCUACUUUCAUUUGGAUCCCACACCAUUGACCGUGCACAGUUCGCCGCCUGCAGGCCAUGGUUUUCUCGAUCAACCGCACCUGCGUGCCUCGAACGCUUCACUCCAGGCAGCCACAUCAUCGCGUCAUGGUGGUGCCGAUAGUGGUGCCAGUGGCAGUGGCGGUGGUGGAGUUGGUGGUGCUGCCGGUGGGACCGGUGGUGGAACAUCAGGAAGCGGCGAGUGCACCGGACGCGCCAUUGAUAAUCAGUAUAGCUUCACUUAGGCGAUAUGUCGCCGCGCCCGCCCAUUGCAUUGAUUUUCGAAUUUUCUUGCGCGGAAUUUAUUUUUGUGCCAUUUGCGUAGCAGCAGCAGCAACAGCAAACAAAUCAUUUUUUUGGAAUUUUGUUUAAUUCUUAAUUCACUUUUUGUGUGUUUCCUUUUUUGUGUAUUUGCAAAAACAAAUUGUAUGUAUUUCGUGUGUGAGAAUUGCUUGUUUCUAUUCAUUUUUUAGAUACAUUUAUUUCUGGAACACAUGAAGUAACUGAAUAUUAUUAUGAUUAUAUAUAUAUUUGUAUACAUUAAAUAGCUAAAUGUGUGUGUUCAUUUUAAGUAAAUAAGUAAAUGUUGUAAGUAUGUAUAACAAAAAAACGAAAAAUGUAAAAUUUGUAGCACCAAAGGUGCGACACUUGCGAAUCCUAAAACUUCCUGCUUUACAAAAAAUACAUACAUAUAUACAUUAUAUAUAUAAAUAUAUAUAUAUAUAUAUAUAAACUACACUUUA